AUGAUAACCGUCGGAGUCAGAGACGACUCGCGAAGCUCUCGCAUCGUGCAUGAAACACGCUCAUCCAUCCCCUCCAAAUGGAUCUUAGCUCGUCGUGCAAUCGCAGCAGACGUCCUCGUCCUCCACAUCGGUCUCGCUCAGCGCAACCUGGACCACCUGGACAAGUUUCUGAUGGACGUUGCUCAACCGAGUUCCCCGAUGUAUGACCAAUAUUGGACUACUACGCAAGUGGUAGAGGCGUUUCGACCACCCGAGGAAGCUACGGAAGCUGUUCGUGCGUGGCUCGUCGAAGACGGUUCGAUUUCGGAGGACCGGAUCUCUUCGAGCAGAGGUGGUGGAUGGAUACUGGUCAAUGUUACCAUCAGGGAGGCGGAACUGCUUCUUGGGACGGAGUACCACGAAUACGCGCUGGAGGGGAGCGAGCGGACAACCAUCGCAUGCAACGGCACGUACAGUCUCCCUGCCCACAUCUCCCCGCAUGUCGACACCAUCGCUCCAACCCUGCAUUUCGACACUCUUGCGCGACGCACGAUGACGAGUUCGGGGAUAACAACAACCGCCGUGGUCGGAGGGUCAAUUCAUAUAAUUUCCUCCAACCUUGACCACUGCGAUGAAGUUAUGACGCUCGCCUGUCUGCGCGCCCUCUACAACUUCGACUAUGACCCUGUUUCGACGGUCACCAAUAGCAUCAGUACCGUGCAAUACUCUCCGGAGUACCAUCUCGAGUCUGACUUCGACGUCUUCUUCGGCAACUACUCUCAGGACCAGGUCGGUCAGCGGCCUGUGUUUGUGAGCAUAGAUGGCGCCGAGCUCGUCCAGAACAACAUUUACCUCGAGUCCAGCCUCGACAUGCAGUACGUCAUGGGUCUCGUCGGUCCAAAGCAGCCCGUCACUCUCUACCAAGUCGGCGAUAACAUCAAGGGCGGCUCCUUCAACACAUUCCUCGAUGCCUUCGACGCGGACUAUUGCACAUUCGACGGCGGGGACGAUCCUGUUGUCGAUCCAGUGUAUCCGGACACACUUCUCGGUGGGUUUACCGGUCCGCUGCAGUGCGGCGGCGUCCCACGAACCCUCGUGGUCUCCACGUCGUACGUCGACCAGGAGGCGAUGCUCACUCCAGCGUACGCGCGACGCCAAUGCGCCGAGUACGGCAAACUCUCGCUCACCGGGAUCACCUUCGUUUUCGGAGCGGAUGACACUGGCGUCGCGGGUUUCUUCGGUGACUCGGACUGUCUCGACGAGAACAACCAAGAGAAUGCGUCUACCGGGACGCGGUUCAACCCCACCUUUCCCGCGACCUGCCCCUACGUCACAGCCGUCGGUGCGACCCAGGUUGUACCGGGGAACACGGUCGCCGACCCCGAAGUCGCGGUGUUCGAAUUCGCCUCCGGGGGCGGCUUCUCGAACGUCUUCCCGCGGCCCGCGUUCCAGCAGGCCGCUGUCGCGGGCUAUCUCGCCAACCACGCACCACCCUACUCAGCGGGGACGUUCAACGCCACCGGGAGGGCAUACCCCGACGUCGCUGCCAACGGCCUCAACUACUCCGUCGCGAUCAACGGCGCGCUGACGCUUGUGGCGGGCACUUCUGCGUCGACGCCAACGUUCGCCUCCUUGGUGUCUGCGAUCAACGAUGCGCGGCUCGCCGCGGGCAAGGCUCCCGUAGGAUGGAUCAACCCUGCUCUCUACGCGUUCGCGGACGCAUUCAACGAUGUCACUGUCGGGAAUAAUCCGGGGUGCAACACCACUGGGUUCGCGGCGGUGGCGGGAUGGGAUCCGGUGUCUGGCCUGGGCACGCCUGAUUUUCAGAAGUUGCUUUCCCGCUUCUUGGAGCUUCCCUGA